CAGGUGAAGAAGCUUAAUUUCCAGGGGUAUGAGGUGAUUCUGUUCGCCUCCGGCGCCGUUGGCAUCGGGAGGCAGAGGCUCAAGUACCGAAAGCUCAUCAACAGCCAUGUUGCAGAGAGUUUUUUCUCACAGCAGUUUACUGACGGUCAUUGCCUCUGGUUAUCGUCACUGCUUGUGUGCUGAUAAUUCUCCUUGCUUGAAGUUUUGCCGAUCUGCAGAACCCACAGUUGGACCUGGAUGGGAAGGCCUGCGCUGCCGUCGGCCAGAGUGGCCUCAUGGCUAUCUACGAUACACUGUUUAGCCAACUUGAUGUGACAUUGUCUCAGCUUCUUGUUAUAGAUCGUGAUUUCUGGGAUCCAAGUUUUGGGCUCCAGCUUCAUGAGACUGAAUUUUGUUCAAGGCUAACAGUGAAAAUUUUAUUUGUAAAAUAUGGCGAUCCCUAUAGUGGUAUUUCUGAAGCUUCGCUAUGCUUGCUUUCCCACCAACAAGCAGUAAUCCAAUCACUGGUGCACCAGGUACUAUAUCAUCGGCCAUCCACCAGGACGAUGCUGACAGCCAAAGAAAGCUCCUUCCCCACCGCUGACAGCCGAAACCGCUCUUGUGCUCAUCAAGGUUAGUCAAUGUAUAGGACUGCGCUUUUGUGUGUCCUUUCCUUCAAACUGUCAUUCAAGAGAAGAGAGGAGCGAGGCCUCGAUCCAGACUCAGGAGGAGGAGGAGACGAGGAGCAACACCUAUUUUUAUUGUCCGUCAAGCCCCAUUAUACUUUGCGUUUCCAGCCACCUGAUCACUAACCUGAAUGAGUAAGUAGACCAUUAUAUAUGAUGGUCUUGCUUCCUUUUGUGAUCAUGUAUAUAUGUUAGAUCCGGUGAGAAAAGGCGGCUUCCAAGCAGAGGAUGCGGCAGUGUUGGCCAUGUUUGGUUUUCAUAAGCUAAUAAUCUAUCCCUUCCUAUCUACUUCC